AUGAGCUCCGUCCGAGAUCGAGCCUUUAGCGGGACACUGACGCCGUUCCUGUAUCCUUCCCUAUGCGAUUCCACCUUCGUCGUCGCCCGCCAGGUCCGCCACCAUAGACCACUGCCACUCUUCUUCAGAUGUAGCUCUGCUGCCGCCCAGCACACUACUACCCGUGGCCCCCGCGAUGCGGUCCCUACUAGGUUCGACCUGACGCCAGACGACUACGCCCUUACACCGUUUGCCGACCGAUGUAUCCUGACCGUUGAAGCCGGUUCAGGCGGACAUGGCUGUGUUUCAUUCGUUCGCGAGAAGUAUAUAGAAGAAGGCCCGGCCAAUGGGGGCGAUGGAGGAAGUGGGGGGAAUGUCUAUAUACAGGCAAUCCGCGGCGAGACUUCGCUGCACAAGCUUGCCCGCAGACGGCUCAUCAAAGCUGGGAGAGGCCGGAAUGGGCAAGGAAAGACAAAGGGGGGCGAAAGAGGCUCGGAUGUAUUAAUCACAGUUCCGGUCGGAACCAUUGUCAGAGAGAUCCAACGACAGGAUCCGGUCGCAGACGCAGAAGAAGCUGAGCGCAGAGCUCAUUGGCACAGCAAGGAAGAGAAUGUGGAGGAAAUGAGGGGUAUUUACAGGAGAGACAAGUGGCUGGUGUUUCCAGGAACGGUCCCCUCGCAACUAGCCAAGAUGGAGUUUCCUGCCCUCCCGAAACCACGACGAUCGCACCUUGCAGCGGUUCAGCCCGAGUCUCCAAUAUGGCUAGACUUGGACAAGCAUAUGGAGGCGCCAAUGCUACUUGCGGCUGGCGCGAUGGGCGGCCUCGGCAAUCCGCAUUUUAUGACACCAUGUUCGCCAAGACCGAAGAUGGCCACGCGAGGAGACGAAGGCAUGAAGCUCUCACUGCAGCUCGAGCUGAAGAUUUUGGCCGAUCUUGGGCUCGUGGGCAUGCCGAAUGCUGGGAAGAGUACCCUACUUAGGGCACUCAGCAACAGCCGAGCGCGGGUGGGCAGCUGGGCAUUUACCACCCUCCAACCCAACGUUGGCACAGUCGUCUUAGACAAUCAUAAGGGCCGCCCCGCUGUCUGGAAACGUGGGAAAGAUGGCGAACUGAAGGAGAACUUCACGGUAGCUGACGUUCCAGGGCUCAUCGAAGAUGCACAUCUUGACAAGGGGCUGGGUCUAGGUUUCUUGCGUCAUGUCGAGCGUGCAGCUGUCCUCGCUUUCGUUGUUGAUCUAUCGGCCGGAGAUGCCGUUAAAUCGUUGCAACUUCUUUGGCGAGAAGUGUCAGAAUACGAAAAUUUGCGGGGAAAAGAGUUGAAUGCCGAAACUGAGCGCAGGAUGGUUACCUAUAGACCUCCAGGAAGCCGACUUCGAAGGUCUGAAGAGUAUGAAGAUUGGGAGCGAUUGGACUUGAGCUCGUCGCCGGAAUUUCUCCCCUUUGUUACGCAAACACCCAUUUCAUCAAAGCCCUGGUUUGUUGUGGCGACAAAGGCCGACCUGCCGGAUACCGAGGCGAACUACGAUGCUCUACAGGAGUAUCUACAUAGUGUGAAGAGCGGUGUGCAGCCUCAUCCGAGUAGUCGCAAGAACGCGUGGAAGCGCGAUGUACAAGCCGUACCUAUCAGUGCAAUUAGAGCCGAGGGUGUUGACGUUAUUCCUCAACUGGUCAUGGAUUUGCUGGAAGAAUGA